AGUUGCAAGCAACGAACUCGACCAGUACCAGUGAAGUAUCCCUCGCGCAUGCACUGCCAAGAUGGCUGUCAUCAGGAAAAAUAUUCGGACCUUGUCCAAGCCAGAGCUCGACAACCUGGUCAAAGCUUUCGCCGGCAUUCAAGCACUUCCUCCCAAUGACCCCAACUCCUUUUUCAUGAUUGCCGGCUACCACGGCGAGCCCUUCCGUGGUGCUGGCUAUGGCAGCCCCCAGUGGUGGGGAGGCUAUUGCAACCACGGCAACGUCCUCUUCCCAACCUGGCACAGAGCCUACCUAUUCCGCCUCGAGCAGGCAAUGCAGUCAAUCGUGCCAGGCGUCGCGCUGCCCUACUGGGACGAGACGGAACCAGCUUCACUCCAGGAAGGCAUUCCUGGGGUUUUCCUGACAAAGCAAUGGAAAUAUGCCGAUGGCACAGUCAUUGACAAUCCCUUGUACUCGUACAAGUUCCAGGCCAAGAUCAUUGACAGACUGUCCCCGAUCCCGGACGCCAAUUACACCAAGCCAUCCGGCUAUCAAACCGUCCGCUACCCAUUCUCGGGCCUGGUCGGCACGGCGGAUGAUGCCAAGGUUACUGCCCAGCACAACAGUGAUCUCGAGGCCAAGGGCCAGGUCUAUACUGACCAAUUGUUGAACGGCAACAUUGUCACCUGGCUCAAUGCCUCUCACUUUGUCAACAGCGACGGUAAAAUCGUCAACGCCGGCGUCAAGGACAAGUGGGCGGCAUGUCUUAACGCCCCAAACUACACUGCCUUUUCGAACACGACCUCUGCCCAGCAGUGGAACGACGAUAACUCCGACACGACGGGCUAUACCACCGUGGUCCCGCUCGAGUCGCCUCACAACUCGAUCCACCUCGCGGUGGGCGGCUUCGAGGUCCAGGGGCAGGGAAACUCUGACCAGUACGCCGGGGCCAACGGCGACAUGGGUGAGAACGACACGGCCGCGUUCGAUCCGAUCUUUUAUUUUCACCACUGCUUCGUGGAUCUUGCUUUUGCCCUGUGGCAGCACAGGACUGGCCAUGCGCAGUCGUUCGACAUCAUCCACGGGUACCCGGGAACCAACUCGGUUGAUAGUCAGGGCCCUACUCCUGGCGUUGCUGGCGGCACCUGGCUCAACCUGGACAGUCCUUUAGACCCCUUCAAGAAGCCCGGUUGCAACACGCCAAUGACCUCGCGGGACGUCAUGGACAUCACUAAACUGGGAUACUCGUACCAAUACCAUGGUGCCCUGGGCGCCAUGCCCGAACCCGGCGGAGCUCCACAGCUCGGAGCGCCAACCCCGGCCCCCGGCGCCGGUGGUCCGAACCCGAUGGACGAGCCCGCGCCGGUGCUGGCCGUGAGCAACAUCAACCGCGCAAACAUCGGCGGCUCGUUCAUGGUGACGGCGUGGGCCAAGCCCGCCGACGGCAGUGGCGACAAGGUGCUCGUCGGCACCGAGGCCAUCCUGAGCCGCUGGCACGUCUCGGGCUGCGCCAACUGCCAGAACCAUCUCGAGGUCCGCGUGCACAUGCCGCUGCACGGCUGGAGCAAGCGCGAGGCCGAGAACAUGGACUUUGAGGUGAAGGUGCACACGCGCCAGCCGCUUGGCGACAAUUUCGUCGUGUUUGAAUGCGGACAAUACCAUUGCAAAGACGUCAAGGACAUUCUUCCAAGCUGGUGUCAAAUGCCACAAGAGGCCGCCUCCGGGUUUCCUUGGCUCGAUUCAGGCUUUUGA